AUGCAGAGGCAGUUCACCUCCAUGCUGCAGCCCGGCGUCAACAAAUUCUCCCUCCGCAUGUUCGGGAGCCAGGAGGCGGUGGAGAAGGAGCAGGAAAGGGUUAAAACUGCAGGCUUCUGGAUCAUCCACCCCUACAGCGAUUUCAGGUUUUAUUGGGAUUUAAUAAUGCUUAUAAUGAUGGUUGGCAAUCUGGUCAUCAUACCCGUUGGAAUCACGUUCUUCACAGAACAAACAACAACACCGUGGAUUAUUUUCAACGUGGCCUCAGAUACAGUUUUCCUCUUGGACCUGAUCAUGAAUUUUAGGACUGGGACUGUCAAUGAAGACAGCUCGGAAAUUAUCCUGGACCCUAAAGUGAUCAAGAUGAAUUACUUAAAAAGCUGGUUUGUGGUGGACUUCAUCUCAUCAAUCCCAGUGGAUUAUAUCUUCCUCAUUGUAGAAAAGGGAAUGGAUUCAGAAGUUUACAAGACGGCCAGGGCACUUCGCAUCGUGAGGUUUACAAAAAUUCUCAGUCUCUUGCGUUUAUUACGACUUUCAAGAUUAAUUAGAUACAUACAUCAGUGGGAAGAGAUUUUCCACAUGACCUACGACCUGGCCAGCGCGGUGGUGCGCAUCUUCAACCUCAUCGGCAUGAUGCUGCUGCUGUGCCACUGGGACGGCUGCCUGCAGUUCCUGGUGCCGCUGCUGCAGGACUUCCCCUCGGACUGCUGGGUGUCGCUCAACAAGAUGGUCAAUGACUCUUGGGGGAAGCAGUAUUCCUAUGCGCUCUUCAAGGCCAUGAGCCACAUGCUGUGCAUCGGGUACGGCGCGCAGGCCCCGGUCAGCAUGUCGGACCUGUGGAUCACCAUGCUGAGCAUGAUCGUGGGGGCCACCUGCUACGCCAUGUUUGUGGGCCACGCCACGGCUUUAAUCCAGUCUCUGGACUCCUCCAGACGGCAGUACCAAGAGAAGUAUAAGCAAGUGGAACAAUACAUGUCAUUCCAUAAGUUGCCAGCUGAUAUGCGUCAGAAGAUUCAUGAUUACUAUGAACACAGAUACCAAGGCAAGAUCUUUGAUGAGGAAAAUAUUCUCAAUGAACUGAAUGAUCCUCUGAGAGAGGAGAUAGUUAACUUCAACUGUCGGAAACUCGUGGCCACGAUGCCUCUGUUUGCUAACGCUGACCCCAAUUUUGUGACUGCCAUGCUGAGCAAGUUGAGAUUCGAGGUGUUUCAACCUGGAGAUUAUAUCAUACGAGAAGGAGCUGUGGGUAAAAAAAUGUACUUCAUUCAGCAUGGCGUUGCUGGAGUCAUCACAAAGUCCAGUAAAGAAAUGAAGCUGACCGACGGCUCGUACUUCGGAGAGAUUUGCCUGCUGACCAAGGGACGCCGCACUGCCAGUGUUCGAGCUGACACAUACUGCCGUCUUUAUUCACUUUCUGUGGACAACUUCAAUGAGGUCCUGGAGGAAUAUCCAAUGAUGAGAAGAGCCUUUGAGACCGUUGCCAUUGACCGACUAGAUCGGAUAGGCAAGAAAAAUUCAAUUCUUCUGCAAAAGUUCCAGAAGGAUCUUAACACUGGUGUUUUCAACAACCAGGAGAACGAGAUCCUGAAGCAGAUCGUGAAACACGACCGGGAGAUGGUGCAGGCCAUCGCUCCGAUCAGUUACCCGCAGACGCCGGCCGCGAACGCCGCCUCCACGGCCACGCCCACCUCCCGCAUG